GAGAAAGUCAGAAAAACGAUCAUUUUCUGGGAAAACCAACGAACAGAGUUUACAUAAACAGAGAGACGCACAAAAAAACGUUUGCUUCAAUCUCUGAAAGACUCUCUAAUGGCAGCCACCACGAGACGGUUGCUUUACUGUAUAUCUAAAAGAAUUACAACCGCCGGAGCACGGCGGAGCUAUGGCGGUCUGCCACAAUCGAAUUCUAAAUCUCCUCCGUCUUCUCAACGAUUGAUGGAAUUAGAAUCUGAAUUCAGUGCCCACAACUACCAUCCUGUGCCGGUUGUGUUUUCUCGCGCAAAUGGCUCAACUAUAUGGGACCCUGAAGGAAAGAGAUACAUUGAUUUUCUUGCAGCUUACUCCGCAGUUAAUCAGGGACAUUGUCAUCCUAAGAUCGUGAAGGCAUUGCAGGAACAAGUGGAGAAACUCACUUUAAGUUCACGAGCGUUUUAUAAUGAUAAAUUCCCGGUAUUUGCGGAGCGUCUCACAAAUAUGUUUGGUUAUGAUAUGGUGCUUCCUAUGAACACGGGUGCUGAAGGUGUCGAAACAGCUUUGAAACUAGCAAGAAAAUGGGGUCAUGAAAAGAAAAAUAUUCCCAAAGAUGAGGUUAUAAUUGUCUCUUGUUGUGGCUGCUUCCAUGGUCGUACAUUAGCAAUUAUUUCAAUGAGUUGUGACAAUGAUGCUACGCGUGGAUUCGGGCCAUUGUUGCCUGGGAAUCUUAAAGUUGAUUUUGGUGAUGCUGAUUCACUUGAGAAAAUCUUUAAAGAAAAAGGAGAUAAAAUAGCGGGAUUUCUUUUCGAGCCUAUUCAAGGCGAAGCUGGAGUUAUCAUUCCUCCCGAUGGUUAUUUGAAAGCUGUUAGAGAACUCUGCACAAAACACAAUGUUUUGAUGAUAGCAGAUGAAGUACAAAGCGGUCUAGCGAGAUCUGGAAAGAUGUUAGCUUGUGAUUGGGAAGAAAUUCGUCCCGACAUGGUGAUACUUGGGAAAGCAUUAGGAGGAGGAGUAAUUCCAGUAAGUGCAGUGCUUGCUAAUAAAGAUGUGAUGCUUCAUAUUAAACCCGGCCAACACGGAAGCACAUUUGGUGGGAACCCUUUAGCUAGUGCUGUAGCUAUGGCUUCUUUAGACGUUAUCGAGGAAGAGAAACUUGUGGAAAGGUCAGCAAGUCUUGGAAAUGAACUGAGGAUUCAAUUGAAUGAGAUCAAGAAACAGUUUCCGGACUACAUAAAGGAAGUACGGGGAAGAGGAUUGUUUAAUGCGAUUGAGUUCAAUAGCGAAAGCUUGUCCCCUGUUUCAGCUUACGAUAUUUGCUUGAGCUUGAAGGAGAGAGGAGUCUUGGCUAAACCGACUCACAACACUAUUGUCCGGUUAACUCCACCACUCUCCAUAAGCUCUGAUGAACUCCGAGAAGGCUCUAAGGCUCUACACGAUGUUCUCGAGCUCGAUCUUCCAAAUCUACGGAAAAUCAAUUCCGGUAAGACCCCGGUUUCUCAUAUAACCGAGUGUGAUCGCUGUGGAAGAAACCUCUAUGCUUGAACCGGUUUGAAACUUGACUAGGUUCUGGUUUAAUUAGAUUCUUUGUAUUGUUAAGACAAUGUAUUAUGUGUAUCUUGUGAUUUCACAAGAGACAUCACCGGUUUGGUAUAGAAAAUAUAUAAUACGUAUAAGGCCGAACCGGAUUGUACCGAGCUUGGUAGAAAUAACUCUGGUUUAUUUAUGGUUUGGCAUUAUUAAAUAAACCCGAUUUGUCGGU